AUGGCAGACUGUGACGUCUCGAGCUUUCCCCGCGGUCAGCUGCCCAAUCUGGCUACACCUUGUGCGGCCCGAGCGAGCUUCGAAGGCUUGCACGAGCCGACCUAUGCUGGACCGCUCCUGCGGCUGGCAGCAACGAUCGACGCUAGAUGUAGGGUUGCUAGACACGGGGUCACCUCUUCUGGCGAAGAGCGCACGCAAGUCGUCGCUUCCACCUGUCCGCAGGCGCUGAUCCAGUCCAUUCUCAACGUCGAGCAGCUCGGGCCAAUCGAUCUCGUCGACAAUGCUGUGACGCUCGACAACACGGCUGAGCUCAGACCGGUUUAUUUCCCGGAUGAAGCCACAGUACGCGACUGUUGCCGUCUCGUCUACUCGUCGAUCGUCUCCUUCCAGGCUCUGAAGGGUGCGGAGCCAGCGGACACUCUUGCUCAUGUCCUCACAGAGCGACCUCGGGCUGCCCACACCUCUCUCAACUCGUUCGCCGUACGCUGCUUUGGUCAGGAUCAGUCGACAGCGUGUCAUGGACAGGAAGACAUUGACUAUAUCCUGCCAGAGUCGUCGAGCGACUGCUCGACUUGCCAGCUUACUUGGAUGAGCUAUCACUACGGAAGAGGCUAUUGA